CCUUAAGGAGAGUUGGGUAAAGUAUUGGUCUUUACCAACUAGAAGAAGCGAUGGAUGAUGGAGAGGCUAUAUCUGUUGCAGAUGUGGUAUUGGAAUUAAUAAGGGAAAAACUAGACAAGGUGCCUUCUUUGCCUUCAGAUUACAGUAUAUACCGAGUACCUGAGUCACUGGUAAAAGAAAAGCCAGAAGCUUACAUUCCUUCCAGGGUCUCCGUUGGCCCUUUCUACCAUGGUCAUCGACACUUACAACCCAUGGAAGCACGUAAGAUGCGUUAUUUCAAAAAAUUUCUAAACCGGCAACCUGAAGCAACCUUGUCUAAUUAUAUUAAAGCCGUGAGAGAUUUGGAAGAAAGAUGUUACCAAUGUUAUCCAGAUGAUUUGAAAAUUGAAAGAAACAGAUUUGUGAUGAUGAUGGUGGUGGAUGGUUGUUUCAUACUUGAGCUACUACAUUGGGAUGAGAACGUAACUACGUCGUCAGAUGGGAAGUGGAGUAAUCUAGCUACUCUGGACCUGAUUUUGCUUGAAAACCAGCUUCCAAUCUUUGUUCUUGAGGCAUUAUACCAAGUAUUCAUUAAUGGCAGGGUCAAUGAUUCUUCUCAUCAAGUAGCCACCGCCACCGCCACCGCCACCGCCACUGCCACCGCCUCUGUGGCGGCUGCAGCUGAUGAUCAUACAAUAAGGACCCAACUCUAUGGUCUUAUUUGUAAGUACUUUGUACCUAAUAUUUUGAGAUCACUCCUUCGCAAAGAAUACAUAAUCAAUUACUCCUCCCGUGAUCACAUUCAAGAAUUAAAACCAGAGGAUGUCGACAGACCAAAGCAUUUGCUUGAUUUUGUAAGACGAUUCCUCCUCCCACCACCACCUCCAAAGUACUCUUCUGAACAGCCAGAGGAGACAUAUGAUAGCCAAAGGAAGAACAAGUGUUUGCAAUUUGUACCAGCAUGCGCCCGUGAGUUGUGCCUAGGGGAUGGGAUAAUAGUUAUGGAACGAGGUGUGCAGGCUGCCCUUCAGCGUGUCAAUGUGCCCAACGUGCAUCCAACAGUUGGGAAGCAUUUAAAAUGCGUGCCUGGAUUCUGCAAGCCGUUAGAGGAGCUAUGGCGCUCUGGAGAGGAUCUCGAUCCAAUGCUUGUCCGGUGUGCGACAGAGCUAGAGAAGGCGAGUGUCAAAUUCGAGAAGAACAAGAAGGUGACAAGCUUGUUAGACAUAAAAUUUGACAAGAAGAAGGGAGUUUUGACAAUCCCAAGUAUAGCAAUUGAUGAUGGAACAGAGAUUAUCCUCCGAAACCUCAUCGCCUAUGAGCAAUACAUAGAUGAUCAUAGUUAUAUCACAGAGUAUGCAGACUUCAUGGAUGGUCUCAUUGAUACUCGAGAGGAUGUGGAAUUGUUACAGGAUAAUGGAAUUGUUGUGACAACCGGUGAUCCAACUCAGGUGGCUCAAUUAUUUAACAAUCUUCUCAAACAAGUUAGGGUACUUGUUCGUGAUACCACACUUGUUCGCCUUGAAGUGGAAGAGCAUUACAAUAUAAGAUGUCACAAAUGGAAGGCAAGCUUGAUGCUUAACUACUUCAAUAGUCCAUGGUCAUUCAUAUCACUUGUUGCUGCCAUUAUUCUCCUGGCCUUGACCAUCAUACAGGCCAUUUAUGCUGUCUUAUCUUAUCAUAGAUAG